AGGGCUGCGUCUACGUGGAAUUUUCCAGAGGGCGGGCCCGUUCUGGAUUGGCCGGUUAAUGGCGUGGAGGUACGUGUCGAGGACCAAUCACAGACGGCAUCGCAGGAUUGCGUGGACGAGCGGUUGGAUUUCGAAGCGGCCCCGGUACGUACCUACAUUUUUUUCCGACGUAAUAGCACCCGAGAGGUACCCUAACUUGCACACAAUGUGAUAAUUCAGUCCUAAAUUUAUAAAAUUUGACUCCAUUAUACCUCAACUUGCACCUCAUGUGAUGAUUUAGUCCCAGGCCAAUCACAACUCGACAAUUGGCAGCUAGGUGGCUGGACCGGUCAGCGCAUGCACUUUUGCAGAAACCCCCUGCCUUUUUCCCUAUUCAACUCGUACUCUCUCCACCUGAAUUAAUUCUGACGGAACGAAUCCACCUCGCGUCCGCCUCUGUUCCCCUCAUGCUCACCUGCCCUCCUCAGCUCCAGCUCCAUCUCCACGCCGACAGCAAGCUCGCCGCCGCCGUCCAGCUUCAGCUUCGGCGUCAUGGUCUCUUGGUCGGACGGUUCGUUCUCCACAUCGACAUCCCGAGCAAGGUGAUGGUGGUGGGCGACGUGACGCCACUGGGCGUGCUCACCGGCGUCUCCAAGAUACGAGGUCCUAGCUGCUCGAGUGGUCGAGGACGAACCAGUGAUCAGAACCUGGAGCUUGUCGUCCAGCCUUCAAUAGGACCAGAACCUGGAGCACUCCAGCUCCAGCUCCAUCACGCCGGACUGGUCGACCGCCAUGUGAUGAUCCGGCGUGGCCUUGGUCGGCGACGACAUGUAGGACGGCGAGCCGCUGGCGCUGCUUCCACCGCCGCCGUUGCGGCGUGCCGUGCCGCCGUAGGCGUUGGCCAUCCUGAGCCUGACCAUCUCGGCCUGCGCCAGCGCGAGCUGGGUCUGCAGCGACUCCACCUGCCGCUGCAGCGACGUGAUGGCGCCGACGCAGCCGUAGAUGGGGUCGCGCACGCGCGCGUUCACCUCGUACACCAGGCUGCUCACCGCGUCGCCCCGGUGCUCCGCUGGAAUCUCCUGCAGGUUGCACGCACACAUACAUCAUGCUUUGUUUCAGACGGAAGAAGAAGAAAAAAAAGUGGUUUCCUACCUAGUAAUAGUUACUGUACUACACAUGAACGACAUGACUCUAAUAAGUUGAGAAAGAUGAUGCUUGCAACAUGUUUGGUGCGGCCGAAAGUUUCUGAAUUUUCUGUUGAGGUGGGAGGCAUGUGCAGUGGUCGUCUGAAGAUGGCUGCUGCAGAGAGAGAGAGAGAGAGAGAGAGAGAGAGAGCAAAGCCGUACAAUAACCACUGAUUGACUGACUGUUGGGAUGGAUUAUCACCACAUGGGAGGGAGAAGAUUUCAUUUGGAGAUACAGCCAAGCCUUUUUUCGAUUUAGUAAGAUCCUAGGGAGCAUGUCUAUGGGAACAUUACUGAUGAAAGCAUGGGAAAAUUACGCUAUUAACUCCAAUGUAUUUUUCUCUAUUAACUCCAAUGUAUUUUUUUAAGAUGCAAUAGGAAAAUUACGC